AUGGCAAAACUUUCCGUAUUCUUAUUGCUCUUUUCAAUUGGAUUCUGCUGUGAUCAACCCGAAUUCUCUUCUUUUUUUGAUGCUGAAAUUGUAUGUCCCUCAUACGCCUGUAAGCUGGCAACCCAAGAAUUCUCGCAGGGCACCUGCAUUUAUUAUGACAAUACUGCGAAUGGGACUUAUUAUGUUACAAACUGCACAAACACAGCUACUCCUUAUUGUCCAGAAUCAGUUGGCCAAAAUAGCACCUGUGCAAUAAAGCCAGACCCAGCAUCUAACUCCAAAUGGCCUGGGGAAAAAUGUGUUAGUGAUGAUGAUUGUGGCACUUAUGCAUCCCAAGGCUGUGUAGACGAGGUCUGCAAAGGCUCAGCUGAAGGAGGAUCCUGCACAACUCAUGACAUGUGUGACCCUGGGCUUUAUUGUGCGAACAGCACUUGCAAUCUUCAGAUCGGGAUUGGAAAUAAAGGAUGCACUGCUGAUGAAGAGUGCGUCAAUAAUGCUGGAUGUGAUAUAGCUGAAAAUGCAGAUGAAGGAACUUGUGUGAAGUAUUUAAGUGUGGCUGAGUAUCGAAGAGUGCAAACUUGUGACGUACAAAAACAUGUUAAUAGGUUUUGCGAAUCGAACUUGUGCACCACAGAGUGCGAAUAUUCUUAUUGUCUGCCAAGCUUGGCAAGCGAAAAUAAGACCCCAAAUACUUGUAAAACGACAGGAGAUUGUAGUUCUGAGCAGGAUCAACAGUUCAGCCUUGUUCUUUUUUCAAGCUGUAAUUGUGGGUACAAUUCAAAAGGAAAUGCAUAUUGCGGACUAUUCCCAGGAGAUAAAGAAUAUAGUGAGUAUUUAGAUAGCCUAAGCUCAUAUGUGGAUAGUGAUUCUAUUUUGGAUUGUAAUACAUUAAGAAGAUUUAGCACAGUUUGUAUGAAAGAUUGGUGGGGUGCCAAAAAUACUGCGAUUUAUUCUUAUUAUCUUACGGUUGUUGGAUCAUAUUCUGAUAUAGCACUUUCCCGAGGAUGGCGCGGAAUGGCGCCAUCCUCGGGAAAGUCAACUAAGCAUCCACACGGGAACUGGGAGUUCCACGUGUGGAUGCCAUUUUUGACAUGUGGGAUCCAAACUUCCACAUGUCAAAAUGGCAUCCACACGUGGAACUCCCAGUUCCCGUGUGGAUGCCUUCCUGGCUUUCCCGAGGAUGGCGCCAUUCCGCGCCAUCCUCGGGAAAGCGCUAUAUUCAAGAAAAUGAUGACUGCGUUGCUAAUGUUUUUAAUUCGAAAUAUGUUAGUAUCUCACAGGAGUUUGACUAUUAUAGUAAUAGCUUUGGAAGCGUUAUGACUAUUUUGGCUGGAGCUAUUUAUAUAAGCAUGAUAGUUUAA